CGUUGCCGCUUAAAAGCAGGAGCAUGACAAUUCUCAAGGAGGCUGUGAUUAAGAAGAAAUAUGGUCAGAAUGCAACUAAUGUUGGUGACGAAGGUGGAUUUGCACAUAAUAUUCAGGAGAACAAAGAAGGUCUUGAAUUGCUCAAGACAACCAUUGAAAAGGCUAGAUGCAUAGGCAAAGUUGUCAUUGGAAUGGAUGUUGCUGCAUCUAAGUUUUAUGGAUCAAAUAAAACCUAUGACAUGAACUUCAAGGAAGAGAAACACUACAAGUCAUUUGUGAGUGAGUAUCCUAUUGUAUCAAUUGAAAAUCCAUUUGACCAAGAUGACUAA